AUGUCGACGCCGCUGUGGAGGCUGCUCGUGCUGCUUUCAAUGGCCCGUGGCGCACCAUUGACGCUGCCGAGCGUGGGCAACGGUGACGAGCUGGCCGAGCUUGAGGCGCUGGACUCUGGCAAGCCGCGCUUCUUGACUCGCGUCCUGGACGUGCAGGCGUGUAUCAACGUGCUCCGUUACUACGCCGGUUGGGCCGACAAGGUGCACGGCAGCACAAUCCCCAUCCCGGGUAACUACUUAUGCUACACUAAGCAGGAGCCAGUGGGGGUUUGCGGCCAAAUUAUCCCGUGGAACUUCCCGUUAAUCAUGAUGUCCUGGAAGCUUGGACCCGCGCUUACUACCGGUAACACGGUGGUACUUAAACCUGCCGAACAGACUUCGCUGACGGCUCUGCGUGUCUGUGAGCUCAUCGUCGAGGCUGGCUUCCCUGAAGGUGUGGUGAACGUUGUGACGGGCGGCGGUGCCUCCGUUGGCGCCCACCUCGCGCAGCACCCGAAGGUGGACAAGAUCGCAUUCACGGGAUCCACCGAGACGGGCAUGAAUAUCAUGCGCACGUCACACGUGGACAACCUCAAGCGUAUCACUCUUGAGCUCGGCGGUAAGUCCGCCAACAUUAUUCUGGACGACGCCGACAUCGACGCCGCCAUCCAGCAGUCACAGAUUGGCCUGUUCCUCAACGCCGGACAGGUGUGUAUCUCCGGUAGCCGCGUCUACGUGCAGGAGGGAAUUUACGAUGAGUUUGUGCGUCGUUCGGGUGAGGCCGCCUCGUCCAUGAAGAUUGGCGACCCGUUCGACUUGUCCGUUCAGCACGGCCCGCAGGUUGAUGCCAACCAGUUCAACAAGAUCUUGGGUUACAUUGAAUCUGGCAAGAAGGACGGCGCUCGUCUGGUUUGCGGUGGCAAGCGCUGGGGCGACAAAGGCUUCUACAUUGAGCCGACGGUGUUUGCCGAUGUGACGGAGGACAUGGCUAUCGCCCGUGAGGAAAUCUUUGGCCCCGUUAUGUCGAUCAUCAAGUUUAAGACCAUUGACGAGGUCAUUGAACGUGCUAACAACUCGGAAUUCGGCCUGGGUGCCGGUGUUGUUACGUCCAACUUGGACAACGCCAUCAAGAUCUCCAACGGUGUCCGUGCCGGCACCGUGUACGUGAACUGCUACACGGUGAUUGAGCCCAACACGCCGUUCGGAGGCUUCAAGAACUCGGGCAUCGGCCGUGAGCAGGGCGAGCUGGGUCUGCGCAACUACCUUGAGAACAAGACGGUGAUCAUCAAGCGCCCUGACGACUCCAUGCCUUAAGCUGGUAGAUAUAGACCCCCAUCCGUUUGACGUGGUAGCGUAAAGAUAUAAACAACGAGCGUCAAUUUUGUUGGAUUGCAAUGUAAAUGCCCAGGCUCUGUGAUCAGC